AUGCGAACUUUUGUGUAUGAUUUCGUCAUUGAACAUGAUGUAAAUGCAUAUAAAGAAGGAGAACAAAUUAUAUUAACAUUGAAAGAUAAAAGUUCACGUAAUUUAACUGUAAAUAGAAGUCGUCCAAUGACAUCAUUAAGAAUGAGUCAAAAAGAAGUUGAUUCAGCGAUUACAGAUUUAAAUUUAAAUCACAAUAAUAACGAGAAUGAUGAUAAUGAGAGUCAAAGACGCUUAUCCUCACAACAACAACCUGCAAUACCAAGAGUUUCAAAACAGUCAACUACUACUUCACGUGAUAAAACUGCACAUCUAUCAACCGAAAAACAAUCCGCUUUGAAAAAUACAUGGUCGUCGUCAACAAAGAGAGGAACACCGUAUGUAAAGCUCAUGGGCUAUACCACAGAUGUACGUAAUGGUGCUAUUAACGUUUGCUUGGGCGAUAUUACCAAGGAGCAAGUAAAUAUGAGAUGCUACUUGUGUUACUCGGGACGUCUCUUUCCCCUCUGGAAACAUCUCAUCGUAUUACAUCGACGAAGUUUUCAGCAGAUGUUACUUAUUAUAAAGUAACGGGUGGGCCAUAAAUAAUGUCCCUCUCAGUAUUUUGCUUAUAACUUGGUUUGAAUUUGUUUCCGAGACUCGAUGUCUUUUUUAAAAGAUGCGCUGCCAAAUUCUCUACAAGAUCAUACCUAA